AUCAACAUUCUCUUCAAUCUCCUUUUAGGCAGCCAAGGGCAGUUCCCACUAACUCAGAAUGUAACGGUUGUUGAAGGCGGAACUGCAAUUUUGACCUGCAGAGUUGAUCAAAAUGAUAACACCUCCCUCCAGUGGUCAAAUCCGGCUCAACAGACGCUGUACUUCGAUGACAAGAAAGCUUUAAGGGACAAUAGAAUCGAGCUGGUUCGCGCUUCCUGGCAUGAACUGAGCAUCAGUGUCAGUGAUGUGUCUCUGUCUGAUGAAGGACAGUACACCUGCUCCUUAUUUACAAUGCCUGUCAAAACUUCCAAGGCCUAUCUCACUGUUCUGGGUGUUCCGGAGAAGCCACAGAUUAGUGGAUUUUCAUCACCAGUCAUGGAGGGAGACCUGAUGCAGCUAACGUGUAAGACAUCUGGCAGUAAACCUGCAGCUGAUAUAAGAUGGUUCAAAAACGACAAAGAAAUUAAAGAUGUGAAGUACUUGAAAGAGGAGGACGCUAACCGAAAGACCUUCACCGUCAGCAGCACGUUGGAUUUCCGAGUGGACCGUAGUGAUGAUGGAGUGGCCGUCAUCUGCAGAGUAGACCAUGAGUCCCUCAAUGCCACCCCUCAGGUAGCCAUGCAGGUGCUAGAAAUACACUAUACACCAUCUGUUAAGAUUAUACCAUCCACUCCUUUUCCACAGGAAGGACAGGCAUUAACUUUGACUUGUGAAUCUAAAGGAAAACCACUGCCAGAGCCUGUUCUGUGGACAAAGGAUGGUGCAGAAUUACCAGAUCCUGAUCGAAUGGUCGUGAGUGGUAGGGAACUCAACAUUCUUUUCCUGAACAAAACAGACAAUGGCACGUAUCGAUGCGAAGCCACGAACACCAUCGGCCAAAGCAGCGCAGAAUAUGUCCUCAUUGUACAUGAUGUUCCCACCACUUUGCUUCCCACUACUAUCAUCCCCUCCCUUACCACUGCACCAGUAACAACCACUGUAGCCAUAACAACCAGCCCAAGCACAUCUGCAUCAAGCAGCAGCAGAAGAGAUCCCAAUUCUCUGGCUGGCCAGAAUGGCCCUGAUCAUGCUCUCAUAGGAGGAAUAGUGGCUGUAGUUGUGUUUGUCACACUGUGCUCCAUAUUUCUGCUUGGCCGAUAUUUGGCAAGACAUAAAGGAACGUAUCUAACAAACGAAGCUAAAGGCGCGGAAGACGCACCAGAUGCCGACACCGCCAUUAUCAAUGCUGAAGGCAGCCAAGUCAACGCGGAAGAGAAAAAAGAGUAUUUCAUUUAAAAUUCGGGCCCCACGCUCUGAGUUUUACCUACCAGGCUGACUGCUGGAGAAAACUGGCAAUCAUCUUUCAGAAACCAUUCCAACCAUCCUCUACUACUUUUAUUAACACCCAUACUGUACUGCUCUCAGUAGCCAGUGUAUGCCAACAAUCAGCAGUUGAAAGCGUCAUCCUUUAAUUACUGUACCAUCCAUAAUGCAGGACAUUUCUUAUUGCCUAAAUUUUACACCAUUGCUCUUUUAACAUACAGUGCUUGAAUAUACAGCCUUAACAAUGUUAAUCAUCUCACUGGAUCAUGAUAUUGAGUUGUUUUUAUACAUUGAAGAAAUGUAUGCAGAGCUCCCAUUCCUAUAUUGGUUUUCCUUUAAGUCAUAGGCUUUAUUGGUUUGCCACUGGACAGUUUUCACAAGUCACAGGAUUAGGUAAUGGCCUAAUGUGCUUACGUUUAAUCAAAGAUUAGAGGUUUACAAACUAUGUUUUCUACUUGUCUAUCUUCAAAGAUAACAUGUUGUGGAAACAUAUGCCCUAGAAAACACAAACUGAAAACACUGUAGUGUAGUUUCGGGAAUGUUUGAGAUUAUACUGGUAAUACUGUAUCAAGUUGCUAUUUUAAAAUUUAGUGUUUGAUACAGGCACCAUGUGUAUGGAUUAUAAUCAUUACAUGACACCUUAUAUUAUUAUAUAGAUCCUACCAUUAGGUUAUUGUAGUUUCAUUUACCAAUAAAUUAUUACAAACAUUUAACUGCUUUGGGAAUCAUAAAGAUUUCAUUCAUUUCUCUAUUUGAUUCUAUAAUUUAUUUGCUCCAUGAGGAUUCACCUGCCUAAACAAAACUGAAGUAGGGCACAAUUUUGAGACAUUUUAGUAUCUGUAUAUAGUGCAUAUAAUAAAUCCAAUUAAACAUUAUUUGAUACAUAUUUAACUUUUUUGGCUGUAGGUUAUUCAGUCAUAAGUACACAUUUUCUAACGUCCAUUAUAUCCCUUUAGAUAUUACUUAAACUGAUAUUAUAAGUAGAUAACAUAUAUUAGUAUUUUUGUCUGUAUGUCCUAGCACUGUCAACAACAAAUUUUUCUAGUUCUUGUUAAUUUUUAUUUGUUAUACAAUGGAAGCACAAUGUUACAAGGAAAGGUAAUUUUAAGCUAACAACCAGUGCACAGCCUCAGGUUUUAAAUCACAACCACAGUUGAAUAAUAACCUAAAAAUAAACUCUUAGUUUGAUUUAAAAAAAAAACUUACAUAUUUUAAUUUGGCAGUUUCAGGGCUGCUUAACUAUGUUGAUUUGCCAAAAAGGAAGUGUUUAGGAUAUGUUUUCUGUAUAAAUGAACUAAUUCUUUGUAUUAAAUUCCUGUCUAUGCAUUCUGUGAGGUACAAACUUAUGAAAGAGUUGAGCGAUAGAAAACCCCUGCCAUGCUUUUAACUCCAAGGUGAAAGUCUCUUUCUCUGAAUUAUUUGGAAAUUUUGGUGUAUGGAACUACUAUGGAAUUCUGUAAUCUUAUCUAUGACACAGAGUCAAUAUAAAGUCUUAAUGCUUUGGGUAAAAUAUAAUAUUUCUAGAAUAGUUUUCAUUAAAAAUAUCAGCAGCUAAAGAGUAAAAUCCAGUUAGAAUAAAAAUUAUUUUCCCAUUUAUAAGCACGGCACCUUUAAGAAGAAAACAAAUAUUACAAUAUGGUAGGUGUACUUGUGAUGUCUGACAGCAUGACAGCCUAGAGUUUUAACAAUACCUUGGAAUUUAUUUGGGGGGGAACAAGAAUGAAUACAACAUCCUGUGUUAGUAUCAAAUGGAGGACAAGGGUGCUGUAUAUUAGAUUAUUUAUCAGAAAAGUAUCGAACUUUUAAGAAAAAUGUUAGAAAUUUUAAGUUUUUUUUAAUUGUGUAGCAUUUAUCUUGUUGAUUUCUUACAAAAGAAAAAGGACGAUGUCAGUCAAGCAGCACUUUUACAAAAUAUACAGAACAAAUAAUAUGAUGUGGUUGAGUGUUAACAUAAUAAAUCAUAUACAGUAUGACA